CUGCUUGGACUACAUUUCCCGUCAUGCUCCUAAGCCCAGCUGCGGCGUCUCCUCUAACGUCAGCACGCACUUGCGAGAGGCGGAUCCACUCGCCGCUGCUUCGGAUUUGCUGGCGCAGGAUGACGGGCAGGUCCGGAGCCGGUAGAUUGGAGGCAAGGAAGCGGGGCCAGCCAAUGCGGUGGCGAGAGGCGGGGCCAGCGGAGGAGCGGGUUAAGACAAGUCAGUCACUCGGCUUUCUGACGCUCCGUGGAACAGGCUGCACAGGAGGACUAUGACAUAAUAUCAGCGAGGGGGUAUGUUGUCGCCAUUUCCGUGUUCCAGAUACUAGUAAGGAGAGAUUUCCAGCUGUGACCCAGUCUGACGUCCGCCAUGUCACUCACAAAGGUGAAGGUGGAGAAACCAGACUUAGAGGCAGCAAGUGCCCGCAAUCGUCUGGACGCAGUCCUGCAGGAGCUCCUGGAUAAGAGCGAUGUGGACAGGGAACAGCUGGAGGAUGAAAGUGGCAAAGCCUCUACAGACCCCCAUUGCAAGGACUCCUCUCCAUCUGCUGCCGGCAAACGGCCGUCAGUACGCCUCUCCCACCACCGCCGCAAGAAACGAAAGGAGGAGGAUGGAAUCAGUGAAUCCGGACUUCCCAAAACCAACACUUUUGUCAUUCGCCUCUUUGACCGCAGCGUUGACCUGGCGCAGUUCUCAGAAGACACACCCCUUUACCCUGUGUGCAGAUCUUGGCUCCGUAACGCCCCGGGAGCCAAAGUUGCUGAGCGGCCCCCAACACCGCCGCCAUCAGAAGAGGGUGAAGUGGUGAACGGGAGUUCUCAGAAUCUGCACCAUCUGCCUCCCCCAGUGCCGGGCCUGUCAACAGAAGCCGGAGAACCAGUAAACCUGCGGAUACCUUCUCCUCUUCCUCGAGAUGAUGAGCCCCUCAAUAUCAACGCCCCAGCCGAUAUGCUGCCUAGCAUGUCCAGUCUUAUCUACCAGAAUAUGGACCGAUGGAAGAAGAUCCGGCAGAGGUGGAAAGACGCGUCUUACCGUAACCAGCAGCGAUACGCGCAGAGCAUUAAGAUCCUGAAGGAGAUUUACGAGCGUCAGUAAAGAUCCGAGACCCCAGUCCGUCCCGUCCCAGCACCACCACUUACUACAGGACUGACCCCGAGCGUUGUGUUGUGUAAUGUCUAUGUGUCACCGCUCCCGAGGAUAUGUGUCUGGUGGCUGUAGUUUAUGAGGAUUGGAUUGGAACGCAGGAUGGUAACCGCCUAAUACUCACAGUACCUACCUUGUUAGCGCAGAGUUCCAUGUUAAUGCCAAGAGCCGCCGACUUUAUAUCCCUCCAACCUAGACAUUACGGGAGCGGCACACAUUAAAGCAUAGGUAAUAAGUCCCUGUCAUAUGAUGAUUUCUGCCUGCAGUGCUCAUACAUUGUAGCAUCUGCAUGAAAGACGCCAUUUACACUGCCUGGUAUGUGCGGGCUACACGCGUUCCACCGACCUAUAACUCAGCUAUAUUUAGGUUUUACUGAUCCUUCCCCUUUAUCUUGUUUCCUGCCGCUAUCACAUGGUUACUUUGCUAUCCGUUACCGUUGUGGAUCAUGCUUGUAGUUGCCUUUUCUUCCUUCGGGGAUAUUAUUAGAACUGAAUUUUUAAAACAUUUUAUUAAAAUAAAUUAAAACUAUGCAUUUCUAA